CGUAUUGAUUUUUUUAUAUAUAUAUAUAUAUGCAGCUCGAUAGGCAUUGGUUCGUGCGAGCAUAAUUUAAGGCGAACGAAACACCAAGAAUGAUGAGACGUUAUUAGCGGCAGUCAACACAUAGCCUUUAUCCAAGAUGAAUACUUGCGGCCAUCUCCCAGUACUCUGUGUUUUAUUGUUGGUUUUUCAGGGUGUUUUCUGUAGCGAAUUUGCCGAGAGGAAAUACGCUGUGUCGAUGUUUAAAUUUCACGACGACAUUUCAAGUGGCGAUAUUUUCAAGUCGUUUUGGCUAAACUCAAAACAGCGAAGAAGUGUGAAGUUUGUGGGAGAUGGACAGCUGCAGACACAAAAAACUAAACCGCAAUUUGAAUGCGGCGACCGAGUCUUAAAACUUCUUCUAAAGCAUGUCGAUGUGACCAAUAUCCGAUUUUAUGGACCACAUGGAGACCUGCUUCAUUUGGACCAUUUGGCAGCAUUUUGUGGUGUUUCCAUCAAGAAUACAAACACUGAUGUUCGCCUGCUGUUCAACUAUGAUUCCUGUUAUAUGAGACAAGAGCCAACCAAAUAUGUAUUAUCUCUGAGCUGGUAUGGGGCAGAUCUUGACCUGUCCUGUCCUGUAAGUGUGACUCCUCCCUCCAUCACAUGUAAGAAAAAUGGCAUGGAAUUGAUUGUUGGUGAUGGAACAGCAGAUGUACUGUCAGUUGCAUUAAAUGGAGAAUGGGCACCUCUGCUUUACGUGGCAACUCAAUGCUGGCACCGGAAGCUGUCUAAGCAGGGAGAUCUCAUCUUCUUGGUUCCAUAUACAAGCUGUGGUGUCACCGGCAGAGAUGGUCGUUCUGAUCUGAAAUUGAAAUUAAAAGACAAGGUGAUCACACUGUCCUGUCCACGUGAGCCAAUACCAGUGUUUCCGGUCAAGGAUUCAGGACUUCCUUUAACAAACCAACCACUGCCACAAAGGGAACCCGAUGUAUACCAAAAGCCACCAACUGGAUUACCUACAAAAGCAAUAUCCAGUCAGAUAGUGGAGGAGCAAGCAUUUCCUGUUGAGCAACCGGCACGAAAUGCAGCUAGAACACCCUCUCAACACCGAAGUCCUUUGCUGCCUAAAAUACCGCCUUUGCCUGGCUCUUUUAAUCUAGCUGUAAACUUCCCAUUUUCACUUCCCAUACCAACACGGCAACCUCACAGAGACAGUUUAACAGGUAAACAUGUGACUCCUGCACUGACUUAUGCUCCGACCGCUGAACCUACUGUCCCGAGCUCUGAGUUUAGCUCCAAUACUCAAAAUGGACGGUCCCAUGUCUCUUAUGUGCAGAUGCAACAGGAACAUGCUAAUCCGGUCACUAAGGCUCCUAAACCUGAAUCUCACUACAUGCAGUAUCUGUAUCAUUUUGAAAAACCUUCAACUCAUUCUCAAACUGAGCCUUAUCCUUCAGAAUAUCAACUUUCAAGAGCGUCUGUCCCUAGUGCUGCACCAUAUCAGCCUUAUGGGUCGGCUCAGAACUUUCCUAAACCUAAUCCACUUCAAGUAAAUCCUGCUUUAGCCAGCUUGGCACAGUAUAUUCCACCAGGUUAUUUCCUAUGCUCCGAGGACAAUCAACAACCGCCGAUUCACCCACAGAUGUUUCAGCCUCAUGUUCCAAAUCAGCCUUUGCAAUAUCAAAAUCCUAGUUAUCAAAAGCCUGACAUUACUCCGCUUGCACCUGCUAAUCCUGAUACACCUCCCAUGAAAGGGUACUCGGAACAUCAACUGACUAGUGAUGUAGCUUCUAGCUCCCUUUAUUCUAAUACCCCACUUUACCAGCCAACUCGACGUUUCCAGCCUCCUCAGUACCAGCGGUACUUUUACCAAAGUAGUUAUGAUGGUCGUCAAGGUUCCACCACACCCUUAUCACCUACUUCUCAGCUUAUUCCCAUAAAUAUGCAGUCUCAAACAAGGCCUAAUCCUGCUUUCCAAGAUUCAAGACCCAUCCAGCCACAAUAUUACCAAAAGCCUAGUCAACCUUAUGGGUCAAUCCGACAGCCGUGGUCAACCAGUCACUUUCCUGUUAAAGGGUUGUCUCAAGACUCGAGACGAUUUAUGUCCGCUUCAAGCCAGACACCUGUAUAUCUCCAGUAUCAGACUGGUGGAGACCAAUCUCCAAAUCCGUAUCAGAGGUCUGUUGUCCGUACCCCUGUCACAGGAAUCUCAAGUCGUUCACAAUACCAGCCCAGUCAGUUUUCCAAACUCCCAUAUCCACCGUUGAGACCAGAGGUACUUUCAGGUGAUGUUUCCACAGAAGAUGCUGGAGCUAGUCCUAAAGGAUUUUUCCAGCCCCGGUUUAAAUCUUCAUUUCCAAGUUCCCCUGUGCACCUUCCUUUACGGGAAAAAACUGAGGCACAGGUUGAAAGGCCAGGCGAACCAAGAAGUCGGAAGCCUCAGAAUGACACCCUGUCACCAUUGAGACCAGAGGUACUUUCAGGUGAUGUUUCCACAGAAAAUACUGGAUCUAGUCCUAUAGGAUCUUUCCAGCCACGGUUUAAAUCUUCAAUUCCAAGUCCACCUGUGCACCUUCCUUUACAGGAAAAAACUGAGGCACAACUUCCUUACAGUCAGGGUCCUUCAUUCAGGUACAUGCAGAAUCCUGAUAUCCACCCUGAAGGGCCAGGUAAACCAAGAAGUCUGAAGCCUCAGAGUGACACCCUGCCACUGCACCAAUUCUUCAGACGGGCGAGACUACCGAAGGACGUUUAGGUGUCCCCACUCUUUAGGUCUACCUCAAAGAAAUGAGUGCAAUUGGCAAGAAAGGCAUAGCAUUUCUGCACCCCUCCAGCUGCUGAUGCUCACAAUUAAAAUGUGGCUGGGGUUGAUGUAGAAUGUUUGUUUGGAAGAGAUGGUCUUUUGGGAGGUUUUGUUUAAACUUGUUUUCAAGCUUUUGAUUGAGUUGAGUGUGAAAGUGACUUGAUUAAAACUGUUCUAAUAUUGCAAUAAAUAUUUUGAAAAUA